UGGGAAAACCCCCACGCCUAUAAAUAUAAAGACAUGCACAGCAGACACAAACACAGUUUGCAACCGGACAACAGCUUUCUACAAAACAAGAGGAAUAACUUUAUAAUCGCUUCUUUUUCGUUUAAUUAAACAUUCCGGACACUCAGAAUCAUGCCUGUGUCCAGAAUGCGCAUGCGGCCCUGGUUAGAGGAUAUGAUUGACUCAAACUCAAUUGCUGGACUUGUAUGGGUAGAUAAGGAAAAAAAGAUGUUCUCUAUUCCUUGGAAGCAUGCUGCACGCCAUGGAUGGGAGAUGGACAAAGAUGCCUGUCUGUUCAAACAGUGGGCAAUCCACACUGGCAAAUUUAAGCCAGGAAUCUCUGAACCUGACCCUAAAACAUGGAAAGCCAACUUCCGCUGUGCAAUGAACUCACUGCCAGAUAUUGAAGAAGUGAAGGACAAAAGCAUCAACAAAGGUUGUGAAGCUGUUCGUGUCUACCGCAUGCUUCAGGUUGAAAAGAACAAAAACAAGAGGUCAUCUAAAAGCCAGGACAGUAGGAGGAGAAAAAAGGUAAGGAAGAUUGAUGCAGACAUGGAAUCAACUGAAGAGCACCUUUACACACACAAGCAGCAAGACAUGAUCACCCAGGAGAACACUAUAGACAGCACUGAAAGCACAAACACAGCAAGCCCCACCUACGAUGUGCCUGACUGCUCAGGUUAUGAAGUUGAAAUUGGCCCUGACAGCACAAACGAUAUCUACACUGGCAGGUUCCAGGUUUCACCAGUACACACGACAGAGUAUGAGGAAAAAGCUAUUGUUGAGAUCACACGGCAAUUGGAACUUGAUAGUUCACAGUGGCUACAAAGCAAUAGCAGCGGAAAGGGGUUCCUGUGCAAUGAAGUAGCCAUGACAGAAUCUUACCAAUGUCCAGAGAGCCAAUGGAGUGAUACCUCAGGAGAGGAGCUUGAGCUGCGUUUCUACACAGAACUGAUACCAGGACUGCCCAGUGAAGAUCUUUUAAGCUACACAGAUAUGUGGAACAGCAACCCUCACACAACUGGCCUUCCACAAAUCAGUUGUCUACUCUAAGACCUAAUUCUUUGAUUCUCAUUUUGUACAUAGUGAUAUUACCUCAUGUUCUAGGUCUUUCUUCUUUGACCAUGAAAUAAGAUCACCAAAACCAAACAGCCUUUUGAGAGUCACUUUACUGUGGUCAGGUAUAAAGUAUGAAUUUUUAAGCUGGAGAAUUAUGUUGGAGAUUUUAUGGUCAUUAACAGAGAACACUGUAGACAGAUUCGGCUUUAGCAGUUUCCUGAUGUGUUGUUCUCAUUUGUAAAGGACAGUGGCUUGUAUAUAAAUAUGUAAUUUACUGUGAUAUUUGGCAGGUUCCGUUAUUACAUGUCAGGGUUUUAAUGCAUUUUCCUCUUAAAACUUUAUAGGAAAUCUAAAAUGAUUUUUUUAAGCUCUUCUGUGCUUUGGGUGAAAACUCUUCAUGUCAUUUGUAUAUAAUGUAUAAAUGAGUUUAUAAUAAAACAGCUGAAAAUUGUAA